AUGCCAUCUUCUUUCAAUUAAAAACAGAUCAUUCCACCCUAGAGUACUAAUUAAACUUAAAACAUGGGUGACAGUUUGAAAUUCGAUACAAAUUUGAUGCUCUAGAAAUAGGUAUACUUGCUAAACAGAACUCAUAACAUGAGUUAUAAUGAUUCUAAUAACCAGACUGGGGAUGUUUGCACAUCAUCAAUGCAAGGGAGUGAUGUGUAAUAUAAUAAAGAUAGACUUAGCAGAUUUAAAGCUCAGAAGAAGGUUGCAGUUUAAGAGUACUCAAAGAUUGAUUAUACGAGAUCUUCUUAGCUCAAUUCAAGAGUCAGCUAUGAAAAUGACUCAUCAAUCGCAAAUUAAAGCUUAAUGCAGAAAAAGAUUAAUGCACAGCUCAAUCAAAGCAAUCAAGCAACAAAACCAAAAGAUUUUUGCUCGAAGAGAAAUCCUCUUAAAUUAAAAAGGAAAGAGCAAAAAUAAUAAGGGUUUGUUUGGUUUGCUACUUAUAAUAACCUUAUUUUUGAGGAUGAGCUCAGAAUAAUUCUUUAGAGACCAGAAUUCUCAAAAGAAUCAAAUUUCCCAUAAGUAAUCACCUUGCAAAUUUAAUACCUAUAGGAAAUGGCAUCUAUUCAUAUUAAGGAUUAUGAUAUGCAUUUUGGGACAUAUACAGAAGCAUCUUAGGAAGUUUAUCCUUUUUUACUGAAUCUUCAGAAUUCAAUAGCUUUCCUUAAAGUGUAUUUGCUCACUUAUACAUAGUUCCAACUCCUUGUAUAAUAUUUAACUAAGUGCCAUGAACACUUUAUACUAUACUAUCUCUAUAAGAGAAACCAAGUCAGAGGAAAUUUUACAAUGAAGGACCUUGUGCAGAUAGCUAUUCCAGAGUUGAGUGAACUUGUGCAGUAGGUUUAAAAACUUCCUUAAAAUCAAAAGAAUGAAGAAGGGGGUUACAAUAAUCUUAUAACAAGUGAGGAAAGAAAUUAAUCAAAUACAACUUAAGAUGUUGAUUAAACCCUAAGAUGCACAACAUGCAUUAUUGAUUCAAGUUUUGAGCAUAAUCAUAGCGAAGGUCACUAGCAUCAUCAUCAUUAAGAUCGUACACAUCAUUAUGGAGGCCAUUCUGCAAGAGAGAGACCGUACAGUUAACUAAGAAAUUAGAUUAAUCCUUCAAGUCUGAAGUCAAACAACACUUACAACACUGAUUAAUCAAGAAUCAUAUAAGAAAGAAAAAUCAUUAACCUCUUUGAUAUUCCCGAUUUCAAUGAAAAGACAGGAGAAGCUAGAUGGAAAAAUGGACAGGAAGUAAAUGAGCAUCUUGUUAGACAGACUUUUUCAGAGCACACGAGAGGUGGAAUGGACCUUCAAUAAAGCGUGCAUACCUCUUUGUCAUUAGUUAGUGGAAGAGGAUUUGCAUUUGGAGGAAAAAUUUUGAAUGGUUUUGGAAUGGGCGGUGAAAAUCUAUAGACCGAGUUGAGUGACAUUAGUGGAUAAAAUGGAUUUUUUAAUUAAUCUUUUGUCAUGAAUCUAGUAGGCUAGCAAAAUAAUGCCAUGAAUUCUCUAAGAUGA